CUUGGGUGAGAGAGGAUGUCGAACAUGAUAUAAGAGCAUGCGAUUUCCUGCCAUGUAGGGUCUUUUUUUCUUCUCAUCCUCAAGCAACUAACUCGUUGAACAAACAUCAAUUCAAGAACAUCUUCAACUCCAAUAACAACACUCCAAACAAGUUCAAUCAAAACAUCAAUACACUACUAUCUCCACAGCAACUAUAUCUUGCAUACUGCAGCCCUACAAAACCACUGCUACAUACAACUCCACUAUCUCUCGGAAAGCAAUACACGUUCCGAACACAAUGGAAUCCACCAAGAUCAAUGCCCGACGAGUCUGGUCUUCAAUCGUCCGUCAUGCCAAAGAACACCAUGAGUCCGUCAACGCAGCUGUAGUUGCAUACUACCCUCAGCCAUCACCUGGCUUCGCGCAUGGCAGCAAGACAGUGGCAUCUUCUGUCCUGUCAUCGCCACGAUACUCGUUUGAGAAGCCUCAGUAGGAACUUUGGGAGGAGUUGGUAUGAUGCCUGAACUGGGAUUUUUAAUGUAUUGGUUGGAGUUAAUUAUGGGCUGAGAGCUAGUGCUUAUUGUAUGUCUGUUUAGAGGGACUUGAAAGGAGUAUAUAUAUAAGUUGAAUGAUUAAUAAUAAUUAGAGAUUUAAUGCGAAAAAUACAGUUAUAUAAGUUUACUAUACAAUGGC